GCACAGCCGUGACGCCACCGAGCUGGCUUCGCCGCCCUGCUUGCCGGCUGCAGCUUCUUUUAGUCCGGCGCUCACUGGGCGGCAGUUUAGUCGCGUGGAGAGUUUGUGCAGUGCUGAUUUCGCGGGAGGAGAGUGCGCAUUGUGGACGGGCUGCUGCUUACUGACGCCAGCCUGGGAGCCCGAUGGAAGAUCUACAGCUGCUGUGAGCAAAGAUCAUCCAGGCAACACCCUGCAAGGUUUGGCUCCCAUCCAGCAGACUAUGGGGAACCAGCUGGCUCCAGUGCCUCCGUUCCUGCCCCCCUUGCAGGCACUGCACGUAGUUGUAGUCGGGCUGGAUGCAGCUGGCAAGACAUCCCUGCUGUAUCGCCUGAAGUUCCAGGAGUUUGUCAAGAGUGCGCCCACCAAAGGUUUCAACAUGGAGAAGAUCCGGGUGCCGCUGGGGGCUUCUCGCCACAUCACUUUCCAAGUGUGGGAUGUGGGCGGACAGGAGAAGCUGCGCCCACUCUGGAAAUCCUACACGCGCCGUACGGAUGGCCUAGUUUUUGUGGUGGACUCAGCAGAGGCUGACCGUCUGGAGGAGGCCCGUGUGGAGCUGCACAAGAUCACCCGCUCCUCGGACAACCAGGGGGUCCCUGUCUUGGUGCUGGCCAACAAGCAGGACAUAACUCAGGCGCUCUCGGUAGCUGAGGUGGAGAAACUUCUAGGGUUGCAUGAACUGGGCACCACCACCUUAAGCCACAUCCAGGGUUGCAGUGCUAUCAGUGGACUGGGCCUUCAGCAAGGCCUGGAGAAGCUCUAUGAGAUGAUUCUCAAACGCAAAAAGCUCCUUCGCAACAGCAAAAAGAAGCGCUGAGAGGAGGCAGGAAGCAUAGUGGGGGGUGACCUUGCAUUCUCAGCAAUUUAGACAUUUUGUACCUGGGCAGGAAUUUUAUUACCACCCCCAGGUCACUGAUGCAGGGGGAACCUGUGGACCCAAACUGGACAGAUUCCAGUUUCCUCUUUAGAGGAUUCUGAUUUUGUGGAUUGUUGAGCCUCUACUUGCCACGAACUGCACAAUGGUAUCCUGGUAGCCUCCCUUGACACUGGGGUGGGGGAAGUUGCCAGGAGGCCGGCAACGUGGGGUGGAAGGGACAACAUGGAGUGGAAGAGCUGGAGGACAUUUUCCAGAGAGCUGGAGGCUGCGGCGAGAGACCCUCUUUGGCCCCAUCUUUGCUUCAACCAUAAUUUGUUUGUAUUUCUUUCUUUUUUUAAAGUUGGAAUUGGGUCCUUUUAUGGGCUCUUGAUAGUUUUGGUAGAAAACAAUCCCUAAGUUAUUAAACAGAUGGUCUGCUGA